UCCAUGUGUAUGUUUCCUGGUUUAUCUUGGAUUUUGGCAGCGUCAGUCCUCCGUACAGGCGCUGCUGCAGCCGCUCAGAACAACCUGUUCCACCAACGAAGAAGACGCCCCAGUUCCUCACAGCAGAGAUCGUCUACUUUUAAGACGAUGUCUCACACUUGAGAUCAACACGCUCACCGGUUGCUUCUGUCACUAACAGGUGUUUUAGUCUCAUCUGUUGUUUAAGUGUGUUGAUCACUCUACUGGUUUCACUGUAGGAAGGAAAAAACAACAACAACAACAACCAAAAAGCUGCAUUCGUGUUAAAAAAAGAAAGAAAGAAGCAUCAUUACAGAUCACCGUGAACUGAAAACUUUGCUUCCAUCUGUAAAGUGUUUCAUGUGUUUUAAAAGCAUGGUCUAACAGCGUGAAAUCUCCACAUUGAGACUUGAAUUAAACUUCCUCCUCCCGGCUGACCCCCAUAUCCUGCCCUCAGUCUCACACAUGCUGUAUGGACGCAGACAAGUUGAUGACUACGGUUCCCGGAAACAUGAGCAGAGUGAGACCUCGUCGCUGCCGCCUUCUCUGUGUUCGCUGCUUUAGGAAACGUGGCCUUAAUGCGACUCCAGCAGCCCCGCGGUGGAUGAAUGACAAACACACGGCUCCAGCCUCCGUCUCUGCCCGUCUGUCAGCCUCUGUCACCGCUCCAGCACUGCCCGCGGUCCCCUGAAGCUCGUCUUUGAACAACCAUGUCCGAGGCAGAACAAGCCCCGGCCUCGGCCCCUGAGGCCGCCGCCGCUGUGAUCCUGGACGCCCUGAACGCCACGGACUCCAACGGGACCGAGGCGCUCAACGCCACGGCUAAAUUCGUGGCCACUCCGGAGGGCACGGCGCUGGCAUACGGCAGCCUGGUGUUCAUGGCGCUCCUGCCCAUCUUCUUCGGAGCCCUGCGGUCCGUCAGCUGCUCCAAAUCUAAGGAGCUCGGAGAAAAUGAUUACGACUCUGGGUUCAGAAAUUCAUCAGACAUGCCGGAGACGAUCACCGGUCGAGACGCGGCCAGGUUCCCCAUCAUCGCCAGCUGCACUCUGUUUGGGCUCUACCUCUUCUUCAAGGUAUUUUCUCAAGAGUACAUCAACCUGCUGCUGUCGGUCUACUUCUUCGGCCUGGGCGUGCUGGCUCUGUCUCACACUAUGAGUCCUCUGAUGUCCAGAAUCUUUCCAGAGUCUUUCCCAAACAAGCAGUACCAGCUGCUCUUCACUCAGGGCUCCGGAGAGUCCAAAGAGGAAAUCGUCAACUAUGAGUUUGACACCAAGAACCUGGUGUGUCUGGUCAUCAGCAGCGUGGUGGGAGUCUGGUACCUGCUCAAAAAGCACUGGAUAGCCAAUAACUUGUUUGGCCUGGCGUUCGCCCUGAACGGAGUGGAGCUGCUUCACCUGAACAACGUCAGCACCGGCUGCAUCCUGCUGGGGGGGCUGUUCGUCUACGACGUCUUCUGGGUGUUUGGCACCAACGUCAUGGUAACAGUUGCCAAGUCCUUUGAAGCACCAAUCAAAUUGGUCUUUCCUCAGGACUUGUUGGAGAAAGGACUUGGAGCCAGUAACUUCGCCAUGCUGGGUCUUGGUGACAUCGUCAUCCCAGGUAUCUUCAUCGCUCUGCUGCUGCGCUUCGACGUCAGCUUAAAGAAGAACAGCAGGACAUAUUUCUACUCUAGUUUCCUGGCCUAUAUCUUCGGGCUGGGCCUCACCAUCUUCGUCAUGCACACCUUCAAACACGCACAGCCCGCUCUGCUCUACCUGGUCCCGGCCUGCGUCGGCUUCCCCGUCAUUGUAGCACUGAUCAAAGGAGAGCUCACAGAGAUGUUCAGGUACGAGGAGACGCCUCCUGAGGAUGAGGCCACUAAAGAGGAAUCAUCAGAAUCAGAGAAAAAGGACCAAUAGCAUCUGUCGCUGCCCUCCCUGCCCCUCCCCCAAACACUUUCAUCAGCCUGCUGCCACCACAUUUCACUGAAGCCCCUCCCACUCCCCCCUCUCCAGCUUCCUGUUUGUCGCCGGGGGAAACGGGGCUCAUGUAGCCAGUGUUUGUCUCCAGUAACCAUGGGAACGGCCGCUGGUCUCCGUGGUAGCGGUGGUGGUGUUUCUGAUUAAAGGUUGUUUCGUUACAACAGUUCAGACUCGGUGCCUACCAUGAUUCCUCUCUGUGUCUCGCUGCUCUCACACAGGAACAUAAAACGUCUGCGGCGGCCAUCUUUGUCCAGCAAUACGUUUUGAAACGCAGUUUGAACGCGUGAAACCAGCCGCGGCGUCCUCACUUCUGAUCUUCUUGUGUGUUUGCAGCUCGCUGGCUCAGAUAGACCAGGAAGAUGUUCAUUUCCACUCUUAAGCCUUUAAAAAGCUUCGAGUGGAAAAACACGCUAACACGAACGAUUCUGUCGUUUUCUGUUUUAACUUCCAAACAAAGAACCACAACUCUCACUGGUUUGAAUCCUCCAGCUGUGGUUCUUUGUCUUUGGGUUUCUGCACUUCCUGGUUUAUUUGGUGCCGGGCCGACGCUCACUCUGCCUUCUGCUUUCUUACGUCAGCGUUUUCUGUUGGUUCAGUUUUGUUUUACUUUGACUUAUUCUUGUAAAAGGCCAGAAUUUUAAGAUGGAGACAUUUUUAACUACACACAGUUGUUUGUCCAAGUCGUACGGCUGACACCAACUCUGUAUCUGUAUCCUGCCGCUGUCCAGGAGAUAAACUCACUUCUCUGACGGUUAAUAACUGUGUUAUUCCUGAAGGCGGCUCAGGUGUGAAUGUUUUAGAGUUAAAGCUAAAGGUUAAACUUGACAACAGCUGUAGUUGUAAUCAAAGGGACCAAAUGUUUCCCGACCUCAGCUGCUUCCUGUCGGUUCUGUUCCACCUGCCUGUUCACCUGCUCUCCAUCUUAAAGUUCUGGCCUGUGAGGAGUAAAGGGAGGAGGAGGCAGACUGAACCUCCUCUGCUGAAUAUUUCCAGUCCUCAUUCUCAGACCUGAUUGGUGGAAAGGCUGCGAGGAGGCGGGGCCCUGUGGCCUCAUCAUCCAAUCAGCUCUGAGGAUGAAUUGCAUGUUUGGUUUUAGGAGUUUUUCCACAAGCGUUCUCGGACUGAUCUGAUCCGGGUUAGAACGUUUCAUAUUCACCUCUAAUGAUCAACAUUAGAUUAGUUGUGAAUUAAAUAAAAUCAUAGACAGUUUUUCUUGUUAGAGCUUCUCCAGUGACGGGGUUUGGUGCUUUUCUCUGUUAAACUGAAGUAUUUUGGGUUUGGUCAGACAAACGAUUGACCAAUAUUCCUCAGAUUGAUCAGAAAUGAAGGAACUCUUCAUUUUUCCCUGCUCUUGUUUUAGAAAGCUGUGUAGCAGCUGGAGGCCACAAACCCAACGUCAGAUUUUACCCACUGAACCAAACUGCAGAUGCAAAUGUGGCCGACUCAAAGUCUUUAAUGUGAAAUACAUUUCCCAUGAUGCAACUUGAUGGAAGACAUUAUUCAGCUGCCUCAGCAGGCUGAGUUCCACCUCCCAUGACAAGUGAACUGACUUGUGUCUGAAAUUGCUGGAGUGGCUCCUUUUAAACAGAAUCCCCUGAAUUUCAAAAUAAGAGUUUGAAUUUAAAUGUAGUUACUCAUCAGAAGGAAAAAAAAAAAAGAGGUUCAUGUCAUCAAAGAACUCAGAAUUCUGAGUACCUUCUAUUAUUUGAUUAGUAUUGAUGGCAUUCUGAAAGGUAUUGUUUUAUUUAAUUUUAAGUCAAAGUGUAAAAGUCAGAACAUUUCUCCAAUAUGACUUCAUUAACUGGAAAACGGAUCUUUGUAAGUUUUGGACGUUUGAUUUAUAGCCGCUCUGACUGGACGUAUUCAGCCUUGCAUUAUUAUACUUGGUGUUAUUGAUGUUGAUGCUUUAUUAAGAGAUGCACAGUUUUGUAUUUUGAUGUAAAAAAUAAAACUAGACGUAUCCUGCUCAUAUUCUGCUCGGUGAAGUUCAGUAGCCUCAUCAUUUUAAAUAUAAUGUACCUGAAAUGGUUUUUCUUUUUUCUUUCUCUCUGGUUGCAUUUGUGCAGGAGGUCGUUUCACGGCCCCGACUGUAACUAUUUUAUUUGCAAUAAAAGUUUUUUGGUGUUUUGAUCACCGUAUAGAGAAGCAUAA